AUGUCUCUCGAAAAAAUUAUUGAUGAUCUUCCUCGCAACAGAGAGCAAUGGGUACAAUAUGCCAAGCGGGCCGGCCUUUUGCACAAGUCGCUGCGACACUGCAAGAAACUCCAGUCAGGAUCUUGCGUCAACGAUGAGCAAUUUAUGCUCUUUAGAACGAUUUGCCCCCAACCCAUUCACCCAGACUAUUUUAAUCCUGCUGACUAUGGUCUUGACUUAACUACAGCCUCUAAUACAUUAGCAAUGUCCCAAGGCUUCCAAGCCUACCUCAACCAAGUCGGCACAAACAACUUCCGGGGCCUGGGAGAAUUUGGCACUACUCUCGUUCGACAGUGGGAAGUACUGGAAGGCUUUAGAAACAGGGAUGAUCCGCUUAGGUGCUCUGAUGAAACUCCUGUUAAAUCUAGUCUGAUAAGUCUACUCCAGGCGCUUUCCUUGUUACCUACCACGACUGCCUCCGAGUGGCGUAGCACCAGAAUCCGUUUGAGGGGAACAUUCGGUAAUCAUAAUCUUCGUUCAGGCGAGUCUCCUCCCCAAUUUGUUGCAAUCACAGAUGGACAAUUGCAAGAUAAGCAGACAGGUAAAAUCAAGUCUGUGCCUAAAUGCAAGAGAUACCUUCGCGACUUGAUGGACAAGGCAGUCGAUAUGGAGGAGGCUGCUGAGGUUGUAGCUUGGGUCAGCCAGUAUCCUGAUACUGAUAGAAGUACCAAUACACACCAGUAA